AUGCCCAACCCGACGCAACCUUUAAGGCUUGACCCUGAUAUCGUCACAAAGGGAUUUGUCCCCGCUGAUAGAAUCAGAAGUCUGGGCAAGGAGCGCGACACCAGUGUCGCCAGCGAGAAAGUCAACGAGCUGGUUAGCUACUACAAGAAGGAGGAGUCUAUGGUCAAGGCAUACGUGCGCCGUCGCGGCGUCGAGUUCACCGACGCAGAUCUGGCCCUGGCAGACGAUGGCGUCCUGGUGCAGCGCUCCAUCGAGACUGGGUCUAUCCAGGAUCUCGAGCAGAUUGCGGUCGCCACCUUGAAGUUGACCUCCAAGCUGUCAGAAAUCCAGGUGGAUGAUCUCAAGAAGCUGACGGCCGACAUCAUUCGACGAGAGAGGGCGUUGAUCGAUGCUCUUAAUAAAUACGGAGAGGGACUUAAACAUGAGGACUAA